AAGUCAAGUAGUUUUGUUACAACUUUCAAGCAGCUUAAAAAUUAUUAAUCAUAUAGAGCUGAAAGUAGUUUUUUUUUUCAAUUGAUCAUGGCUACAAGCUUUGGCUAUUACGCAUACACAAUUUUAGUUAUCUUUUCUAUUCUAGUAGGAUCAUGCUACAGCUUUAAUCCCAAGCUGCUGAAUGUUUCAAGGGUUCAACAGCAGGCUGAUGAGUCUAGCGACUGGUCACCUGCUGGGGCAACUUGGUACGGAAGCCCUAAUGGCGCUGGAAGCGAUGGUGGUGCGUGUGGGUAUACGAAUGCGGUUGAUCAGCCGCCAUUCUCUUCUUUAAUAGCAGCCGGAGGCCCUUCUCUGUUCAAUUCAGGAAAAGGUUGUGGAGCUUGCUACGAGGUUAAAUGCACCUCAGAUGUUAAUCCGGUAUGCUCUGGAUCACCGGUUACGGUGGUUAUAACAGAUCAAUGUCCAGGAGGUCCUUGUACAUCAGAGUCCGUCCACUUCGAUUUAAGUGGCACCGCUUUUGGUGCCAUGGCAACCUCCUCCGACAAGGCUGACCAAUUGCGCAACGCCGGAGUUUUGAGAAUUCAAUAUAGAAGGGUGCCUUGCAACUAUCCAGGAGUAUCGUUGACCUUCAAGGUCGAUGCCGGCGCGAAUCCAAACUACUUUGCUUCGCUGAUUGAAUACCAGGAUGGAGAUGGUGAUCUUUCAGGUGUUGAGCUGAAACAGGCGCUGGAUUCUGACACGUGGCUUCCCAUGCAGCAAUCUUGGGGUGCAGUGUGGAAAUUAGACACUGGGUCAACGCUGCGAGCCCCGUUUUCUCUUAAGUUGACUUCCGAUUCCGGCAAGACUCUGGUGGCGAACAAUGUCAUUCCGGCCGGUUGGCAGCCCGGAGCCACUUACAGAUCCGUCUUAAAUUUUAAUGUAUAGUCGUCGUUAAUCUUAACGUACGCUGAUACUGGAGUAUUAAACUGUUGUUAAAAAGAAUGUCCGAAUUAAUUAAUUAUACGGACUAGUCGUUGAUUGAUCCUAGCCCGGCCUAAUGAGCCCGUGGUGACAGUGAUGAUCAAAUAAUAAAUUGUAAUAAUCGUGUCCGGUUAAUGUUUGUUAUAAAAUGAUAUCUUGAUAUGUGUUACUCAAUUCCGU